AUGACAACAAUAAUCCAUCAGCAAAUAAGCCACAAUAAAAACAACAAUAAUAAUUUUAUAUUAAAUUUAAAUAAUGAUAACGAGAAUAAUGAUAAUAACUAUAAUAUAGUAAAAUACCGAGACAAAUUAAUAGAACUAAAGCUGUGGCAGAUCAAUGAAGAUGAUUUAAAGUAUACAUGCAAAUUGGGCUCAUCGGCAUUUGGUAAAAUGUAUAAGGGUGUAUAUAAAAGCAAUAAGGUAUCGAUUAAAAUAUUUGGUCAAGUCAGAUUAGAAGAGUUUAUAAACGAAUACAAUAUAAUGCAGAGUGUGCGUUCGCCAUUUUUAAUAAAGUUUUACGGAAUAGUACUGGAACCACGUUUAUGUUUAGUGCUAGAGUACUGUGGACGUGAUUCAUUGUACCACUUGAUGAGCUCUGCUAAAGGAAUGGUCGAUUUCUCGUGGUCUAGAUUCCUUCAAUUCACAAUGCAAAUAUCGUUGGGUGUUCAAUCACUACACAAUAGGAAAAUGGUGCAUCGUGGUAUAACAUCGCUAAAUUUAUUUGUAAACGAAGAUUGGGAAUGCAAAGUAUCCAACUAUGGUAAAUAUAGAUUCAAUCCAUUUAAUGGAUCUCAUAGAACCAAUGCAUUUUGUUCACCAGAGUCCGCAGAAAAUGAAAAUGACGAUCUAGAUUCGAAUCCAUUACUUUUAAAAGAAGAUAUUUAUGCUAUAGGUAUUGUAAUUUGGGAAUUGAUAUCAAGAAUGGUCCAUGGUGAGUACCAACAUCCUUAUUCUGAAUAUGACUUUAUUAAAAAUGAUUUUCAAAUCAUGCUACAUUCCAAAAAUGGUCUAAGACCCACUCUACCCCCACAUCAAACCCCUGAAGAAAUCCAAUCGCUCUAUUUAGAAUGUGUCGACCAAGAUCCAUCCAAAAGACCAUCAAUAAACCAAUUAAUAGAUAAAUUAAAUAAUUUAAGACAAUUAUAUUUAAAAUCGAAUUGGGAUAAAUUUUUAAAAAAAUAA